GGUUGUCAAACGCGAUUUACAAACCACUGAAGAAGAAGUGUAAACAGAAGUGACCAAGAACAAUUUCCACUUUAGAGUUUUUGUUGUUAUUUAGACGUUUAUUAACAGCGUGGAAAUCUACAUUUGACUAAUUUAACUGCAUAGCAUCACAUACUUACCCCAGGUAGUUUUUAAUUCGCGUUGGGGACAGGACUUGGUUGAUAGAUCUGUUAUUUAGGUGACUAACGUUAGCUAGCUGCUAACGUUAGCUAACAAUGGCUAACUGUAUGGUUUUUCACACUCAAAUCGCCUCCAUUAUGGAGGUGUUAGCGAAUGCAGCAGUGGCAGAGGUCUGUAAACUCGUAGACGACGACUAUGCAGUGUUUCGUUUAGAAAUAACUCAAAGCCAGAAAGAAAACAGGACAUUGAGGAGGAAACUACAGCUACUGGAAAUGAAGGUGGCACGGGAGCGCGCAGAGAGGACAACGCGAGAGCGCGUCCUCGCCAGUCGUCCCAGUAGUGUCAAGAUCCUCGACCGAUACAGAGGAAUGGCAAGAGGUGAAGGACAUCUCACUGGAGGCCACAGGAGCUUUGUGAAGCCAGCGGGACACAAUACAUGGAGAGAUGACCAGCCAAUCACUGUUGAUGAGGGGAGUGGAACCUCAACCCAGCACGUUAUCGUGAUCGAGUCUGCAGAUGCAGAGGCUGUAGGUCCUGGGGUCAAGCUGGAGAGGUCUGAAGGAGAGGAGGACCCACGGCACAGCAGAGACAUCCAGACUGGAGCGGCUGGAGUGCCCCCUGUAGCCACAGAGGAUCCCACCAUCACCACCGCUGCGCAGCCCAGAACCCGAUACAGCGUCACGGAGGAUGAGGAGGAUCCAGAGGUGCUGCUGGUGAAGGUCGAGGGGUAUGAGGAGGGUCUGGGGAACCCUGAGAGGACCAUGGUCAUGGAGGACAACCAGACUACACCUCCUCCUGAACCCACAGCGGAACUAGCUGAGCAGCACAGGACCACACACAGUCUAACUGAGUCAGUAGACAUGGAGAAUGGGAAGCCUGAUCUGCUGUUGGUCAAAGAGGAGACGAUAGAGGACGGACCAGAGGGCAUUAACCUGCUGAGUGGACUAAAGAUGGGGGAGCAAGGUGGUUGGCUGGAGGCUAACAGAGGAGACUGGCCGACCAUCUUGGAUUCCCAGACCCAGACUGGUGCAGCCAAGGGCCCAGGGGACGACAUCACUGAGCAGGCCAGGACCAGAGGCGACAUAGUGGAGUCUGCAGUCCAUGAGGACCUGCUGAUAUCCGGUGUUGGUGGCGAGAGAGAUUGGACCUCUGAAGCGGCUGGUCACAAACCCUGGCCCCAGAUCAGAACUCUGGAUCAGGAGCCGUCGCUCUUCCUUUCCGAGUCAGAACCAGGACCAAACCGUGAGGGGCAGACACUCCACCCCCACUACACAGGGCACAACCAGUGGACAGGGGGACUGAACAACCUCAGUCCUGGUGGUCAUCAGAGAGACAGAGGCUCCAGUCAGGGAUCCAGUCUGCAGCCCAGACCCUUCUCUUCACAGUCUCAGUGCAGAGAUGAAGCAGGGCCUGAGGCUGAUAGAGAUAGACCCUCCUGUUCCUAUGAUACAAACACCAUGAUGAACAGAGCAGGUCACCCUGGGCUUCAGCCUUCACACAGAGUGGUGGGAGACCCCCCUGGUAUGAGUCUAACAGGAAGUCUGUCUUCUCCUUCAGGAUCUUGUUUAAUGCCUGGUGACUGGGUUCAUAGAAAGCCUGGGUCUAGCCUUCCUCAGUUACCUCAGGGUUACCCCACCAAUACAGACAGGGUCAGGAUGGGCGUUCACCAUGAGAGGUACCUAGACUAUAACACAGCACACAAUCCCAACAACACCCAAACAAUGACUAGAGGUCAAGGAGGGAGCUCAAAGACCAACCACCUGAGGGUGACUCCUGCUUCUACCUCCUCUGGUGUCAUUGGGUCACAACGUGGGAGGCCGAGCGUUAGGACAGACGCUGACAAGCCGUACGCCUGCCCCACGUGUGGGAGGCGCUUUGCUAAGGUGAAAUAUGUCAAGCAGCACCAGACCGUUCACACCAAUGAGAGGCCCUUCAAGUGCAAACUGUGUUAUAAGAGCUUCUCCCGCCUGAGUAACCUUAUCAGACAUAGGAGUGUUCACAACGAGGAGAAAUCGUAGCAGUGUGGCUUGAGACAUACACAGAGAAUAUCUGGGAAAUAUUCUUUAGCUGAAAUAUUAAAGUAGGGCCAGGCUGUAUAUCAUAUUUGACUAUAUACCGGUAUUGAUGCAUGGACUGGUUUGGGUUUUUACUUUGUAUAAUGGUGUUUCAAUGUUUGGUUUGAUAAACGUGUUAAGCCAC